CAUCAAGAGGCAUUUGCAAAUAUUUAUGGCCGCAUGCAGUUCCUGAAAUGGAAAAACAGUCAACUCAGAACAAUCAGUUGCCAGCGAAUGUCCCACCGAUAAGACAAAACGAAGUUCCACCAAAACGUAAGUUAGACGAGCAAGAGCUUGAUACUGGCACUAUUAUUACGUUAAAAUAUAUGUACAUAUAUGUUCUUGUUCAAUUCAUAAUAGAGCCGAACGAAUGUCCUUGCGCCACAAAAAAGCCACGGUAUGCAGAGCCGCGUUAUAUUUCGGAAAUCAGUACCCCACAUCUAGCAACGUCAAGACAUGCCAGUCGAAUACUUAAAUUUGUAAAGAACUCAUUUAAUAAGAAAACAAAGCUAAUAAAAGCUUUUCAAGAUAAGGCGCGAUAUCUACGCAAGCGUGUGACAAAAUUUGAGGAAUUAAUGCUACACUUACCCCAAAAAGACUUGGUUAACGCCGAUGCGGCUGAAAUGAUGGAGCUCAUCCCGGAAAAUAUCAAGAAAAUGAUAUCUCGCAAGUUAACUGGUUCAAAAUUUUAUGUAAAUGAAAUAAGUUUUGCCUUAACCCUACAUUUUUACUCUCCAAAGCUUACAAAUAUGUACGACAGACAUGGAAAAACUUGUUGCCAAAUGUUUCUACUAUAAGGAAGUGGUACCAGAAAAUUGAUGGCAGUCCCGGUUUUACACAGCAAACCCUUGAUGCUAUUGAUCUCCGAUCAAAUGUUUAAAAAAAGUCAUAGUAAAUUUAGUUAGCAACACGAGAACAAAAAAUUUAUGAUCGUCAUAGUUUUCAAGGUGUAGUAGACUUAGGAACAUUCAAUUUUAAUAUCGAAAGUGAUAGAUCUCAAAUUGCAAAUAGCGCUUUAGUUUUGAUGGCAGUCUCUUUGAACGACCACUGGAAAAUACCGAUAGGAUAUUUUUUAAUAAUAUCUCUAAGAGCAGAAGAACGUGCCAGCAUUAUAACUGAAGCACUUCAUGCUCUAAAGAACUGUGGCGCUAUUGUUUAUUAAUAACUUUCGAUGGUGCGGCCACAAAUAUAGCAAUGUGCAAGUGUUUAGGUGCAAAUUUAAUGUAUGGCCCAAGCUUCAAACAAUUUUUCACAAAUCCCGCUACAAACGACCACUGUUAUAUUUUUUACGACUUUUGUCAUAUGAUUAAACUGGUUAGAAACUGCCUAUGCGAUAAACAAAUAUUAAAGUCAAGGGACGACCAAAUUAUUAACUGGAAAUAUUUUCAAUUGUUGCACGAAAUUCAAGUGAAAGAAGGACUUCGUACAGCAAACAAAAUUACUAAAAGUCAUGUGUAUUUUAAAAAUAGCAUAAUGAGUGUAAAAUUGGCAAUGCAAUUACUAAGCAAAAGUGUGUCAGAAUCGUUAGUAUUUUUGGAAAAGGUAAUACCGGACGGACAAAUUAAAAGUAAAUUUAAAGAUAGUGCGGCAACUGCCGAAUUUUGCUUGUUUUUUAAUAACUUGGGUGAUAUUCUGAAUUCCAAAAACAGAUUUUCAAAAUACGAGUUUAGAGCUCCUUUGACGAACAAUACUUAUGACCGGCUGAAAUGUCACGCUCAAAGUUUUGAACAAUAUAUUGCAGGUCUAAGGGACUUAAAUAAUAUACCAAUUUUGGAAACGGGUAGGAAAACCGGAUUUAUUGGCAUGAUAAUUUGCAUUCGCAACAUAUUCCCUUUAUAUAAUAAAUUAAAACAAUGUGGGUUGUCUUACCUUUUAAGUUAUAAGCUUUCUCAGGAUUUUCUUGAAACAUUUUUUAGUGCUAUUCGAGCAAGAGGUGGAUUCAAUAAUAAUCCUAAUGCCAUACAAUUCAAAAGUGCAUACAGACGCCUUUUGGUUAGACAUGAAUUGAAAGAGUUCCAAUUGUACAUUUGAUGGAAUACCAAUACUUCAAGCGUCUUCCAGUUCAAAAAAGCAGGUUGAAGGUAAAUACGACCUUCAGCAUACAUGCAAUUACAUUAAUGGGUUGUGGGGACUGUCUGUUUUCGUCGAUAAUGUCGUUCGCUACAUAGCGGGAUUUGUCGUUUGGAAAGUUAGAUCAAGUAUUAAUUGCAAUAUUUGUAAGGAACAAUUGCUAGGAGAAGAAAUGCCAACAUUAUUAAAAAUAAAAAAUAAGGGUUCUUAUCUGACACCAUCAAAGGAUGUGUGCGAUAUAUGCUUAAUAUGUGAGAGUGUUAUCAGACAGCAAGCAGCGAACAUGUAUCGUAAAAAUAUAAAGAAAUUUCUUGUGGCUAUAGUUUUUCGCAGUUUAAAACAUCCGUUCGUAAAUAAAUUAAUGAAUGAUCAUGUACAAAUAGAAAACUUUUUCUGUAACGAUGUACUCAACGACCAUCGGAUUACUCUUUGCAAAUCUAUUAUUUCUUUCUACAUCGAUUCACGACUAUUUUACGAAAGUACUAAACAAACUGAAGGAAAAGCAUAUAUUCGAAAAAAAUUUACAAAGCUUAUAUUAUUUGCAAAUCAAUAAGGCAAUAUUUAUGUUACGCAGACGCUAUUUAUAGAAUACGCAUAUUUGUUACAUAGUCACUUUAGAUAUAACUGCUACAAUUGUAUUAUUUGUUUAAAAUUUUGUUGAUCCAAAAAAUGAAUUUUAAAAAUAAAUGUGUUAUGUGCAUAUAUGUAUGUAUGUACAUUUAUAAUAAAUCGUUAUGCUGGCAAAAAUUGUUUUUUUUACAUAUUUUAUCGAUCAUUUAUUAGAGCCUAAAUCAUAGUUUGGAAUCAUGGUGGCGUUCUGUCGUCAGGUAACACCGUAUAAAAAGUAAAAAAUUCGGGCAAUUAACAAAAUGACGAAAGACAGUUACAUACUGGACCAUUAGAAAUAAUAUUUAUUUUUCUAUUCACAAAGUUGUUUAACUUUUUUUAAACUACACCUUGGCCGUUUUUAAAUUACUAUAAAUUAAAUCCGCCACUGGAGUGAUUUGACAGUUGUUCGAAUUUUUUUCGUUCAUAAAUAUACACGUAUACAAUACAUAUACAAAAAUGGUACUAGACUGUAUCGUUCUGAUUUCGGAAUUUUUACACAUUGAGAGGAUAGCUUACUGCCAAUAUAGAAGUAUUACAUAUAUGAUUAGAGUACAC